UGCGCACGCCCGUGGGACUCGACCGCCACCUCUGGCUUUCUGCCGAGCCAAUCACGAGGCUUUUACGAACGCGCCGCUCACCGUGCAAGCUAGCGGUGUGCUGCCGGUAAACGCGAGCACAGUCUUGGCAGUCUGCGUUUCCACGUUCGAUGUCGCGUUAUGAUAUCAGCGACCUUUCUUAUUCCUGCUUUGACGGUUACAAGGGCAUCAAACAAAUAUAUUAUCUUCGUUGAAUAAUCGGAUAAUAUACGUAACGAGGUUAUUAAGACGAGAAAGAGAGAAAGAGAAAGAGAAUUGUUUGACGUUAACAACUAAAGACAUCGUUCGUUCUCGUUAAUAUUUUUCGUAGCACCCAACGAUAUCGUUCGAACGAUUCUUUCUCUCAGUGUGUAUUACUACUACUACUACUACACUACUACUACUACUACUACUAUUAUAAUAUUCUCUUUACGUAUAAACUUACAUGGGCAUGCGUUCGUGCGUGUGCUUGUUGGCGCGCGCGCGUGUUUGUGUGUGUACGAGAGUUCGUAUGUGUCCUCUUCUUAGCAGCAUCGUGUAUACACAUAGGUGUUCGUGCGAGUGAAAGAGAGCAGUGUACUACGAAUCCGUGCCGCGAAUAUAUAUUUUUUAACGCUCGAAUAGAGUUCGCGUGUAAGUAAAACGAGUGAAGGAGAGUCUCGAAGAAAAGAAAAGAAAAGAAAAGAAAAGAAAAGAAAAGAAAAGAAAAGAGAAGAAAGAGGAGAAGAAAAGAGAGACGAGUCUGGUCGAAUAUCCGAAGAAGGAUUUACCUGAAGUAAACGCAAGAGUAUACGACCUUGAAUACGAUCAACGACGACGACGACGACGACGAUGACGACGAGGACGACGACGACGACGACGACGACGACAACGUGUGCCGGCCAUGGUGCGCUGUUGUAGGUAUUAGUUGGUGCGUCAGCGUUGAAGAAUCGAGUAUCAUACGAUCGAAAGAAACACCACAGAGAGAGAGAGAGAGAGAGAGAGAGAGAGAGAGAGAAACGUAUCGUGUCUCUCUUUAACCAUAUAUUUCUAUUCGCAUAAGACUACUCUCUCAAGAAGAAUAAGUGUAAGUGGUAGUAUGUGCGUCGUGGUAAAAGGCGAGUGCAAACGAGCGUGGAUCGUCGUUGCAGAUACGAGUUCCGAGAUGAAGGCGGGCACGUAGAUCGGUCAGGUAGCGAGGACGACGUGAUUCUUCGAGAAAGAAGAAAGAGAGAGAGAGAAAGAGAGAGAAGCAGAGACAAGAGAGAAAAGACCUUCGGCACGAACAGCAGACGUCUUCUUACUUACUGCGUUCAUCGAAGAGAAGCGACAAGAAUGGCCACGGAAAUUGCGAACAAAAGGGCCGAAAGGGAAGCCCUUCGUGGGGUCAUACAACAAUGGAACGCAAAUCGUUUGGAUCUUUUCGAACUCUCCGAACCUAACGAGGACUUGGAGUUUCACGGUGUAAUGAGAUUUUACUUUCAAGACAGUGGUCAAAAGGUAGCAACGAAAUGCAUCAGAGUUGCAUCGGAUGCAACCAGUCGAGCCGUGAUCGAAACUCUCAUAGAAAAAUUCCGUCCAGACAUGAGAAUGUUGUCGGUACCAGAAUACGCUCUUUACGAAAUUCAUGAAAAUGGAGACGAACGAAAAUUGGAAUUGGAGGAGAAGCCGUUGUUGGUGCAAUUAAAUUGGCACGUCGACGAUCGAGAAGGACGUUUCUUGUUGAGAAGGAUCGACGAUAAGACGAAUGCACAAGGUGUUGGUUUCUCCUCGGAAGGUUCUAGCUUUCGUAGAAAGCUGAGUAAGCGAGAGAAGAAACAAAUGAGGAAACAAGAGAAGCUUGGACGUUUGAAGAGUUUGGAACAGGAUGAAAACGCAGUGCCGGUCGAUCAAAAUGGCGUCGCCGAAAAACUUUAUACUGAGCUUCCUGAGACGAGUUUCACAAGGAGUAUAUCUAAUCCGGAAGCCGUAAUGAGACGUCGUAGGCAACAAAAACUCGAAAGAAAAUUGCAACAAUUUCGUAGCAAAGAUGGCGGACCAGAUACGGGCGGUACUUUAAAGAUAUACGGAGAAGCACUUUGCAAGGAUGUACCUUAUAAAACUUUACUAUUGAGCGUUCGAGAUUCCGCGGCCCAGGUUGUGCGAGAGAUGUUAUCUAAAUAUGGUUUAGAUAAAGUCGACCCACAGCAAUAUUGUCUGGUGCAAGUGAACAACGACAAUACAAGCGGUGGUACUCAUCAAGAGUAUAUACUGGACGACGACGAGUGCCCGUUGGCUAUUCUCAUGAAUCACCCUUCCACGCGCGGAUCAAUCAUGUUCCACGUGAGGAGGAGACCGGCGGAUUAUGUGCCUCGCAAACGUAAAAAGAAACCUUCGGGAAAAUGGAACGAGUUAGAUCAUAGAUAUGAAGAUGAGAGACUACCAUUUUUAUUGGAACUUAAUCCAGACGGUACUGAUAUUCCUAACGGAGCGGGUGUCAGGUAUCGUUUGCAACCAAAUGUGACGGAAGUUGGGUCGGAACGACCCUUCGGUCCGCAAGGCGUGCAAUCUCAAACUUUAACUCUCAGUGGACCUACCGUUAUGCCAAGGCACUGUGUUAUAGCGUUUACGGAAAAUAUCGUCACUCUGACGCCAUGCUCAAGGGACGCUCAUACUUUUGUGAACAAUCAACGAAUACAUCAGACUACCAUACUUCAAAAUGGAGCUAUCAUCAAGUUCGGAAGAAUGCAUACCUUCAGAUUCAUCGACCCCGCGCCCGACGACCGUAUCAGGCAACGUCAUGACUCUAACAGACAGAUCGAGUACGCAUACGACCGACGAUCGCCAGAUGCUACCAGCCAAGAAGCAAAUUCGGACAAGUACAGAUCAGGUUCUGGAUCCCCAAACGGUGCUGGACAUGCUCAAAGUCCUGGUCAAACUUCGAAUCCUCCAAGUCCCACUAAAUCUACGGCAGCUAGCACAUCGCGUAGUCCCACGCACGGUACUCACGCACCCGAAGUGACUCACAAUUAUGAAACGACCUUCGACCUGGAUGGCAAUGUGGAAACGGCGAGCUUAACGAGUAGUAGAGAUGGCAACAGGCAUCCCCAAUACGAUAAUCAACCACGAGGAACGGACCCUAUUCUACCAGCAGUAUUGGAAUUUUUAGAAGAUACGGAGGAAGCGUUUCUACGUGCUGUCAUCACCGACGUAGAUCCCUCAGCGCCGCAGUUCAAACUCGCACCGACUUAUACUCUUUAUUUGGCUGCUAGAUAUCGUGCCAGCACUCAUUACAGACCGGAAUUACAACCUACGGAAAGGGCACACCGUUUGACUGUGAUGCUUGCGAAUAUUGCCUUGAUGAUACAAGGGGUGAUUCAGGAAAGAUAUAUGGAUGCGUCUUCGUUGGCGUUCUGGCUCGCAAAUGGUUCUGAAUUAUUGCACAUGUUAAAAAGCGACCGUCACGUUGGUGCAUUUUCAACGAGAGCUCAAGAUAUUCUAGCCGAUGCCGUUCAUGCUGCAUUCGCAUCUUUGGUACAUUGCGUUUCCCUUGAAUUGACACCAGCGAUGUCACAAUUCAUGGCGGACGCUGAUGAGCCCGCUAAGGAAGCUGGCGUUCUACAAAUAUUCUCCAAUACGAUGGCUCUCUUAAGACGUUGUCGAGUUAACGCAGCACUGACUAUCCAAUUGUUUAGUCACCUUUUUCACGCGAUCAACGCAAUCGCUUUCAACGCUUUAGUUUCGAAUGGGAAUCUCUGUGUCCGAUGGUUUGGUCGAAGGUUAAAAGCAAGAUUGAACGCUUUAGAAACUUGGGCUGAGAGACAAGGCCUUGAAUUAGCCAGUCAAUGUCAUUUGGCUACGAUCAUGCAAGCUACGCAUCUUCUCCAAGCACCGAAAUAUAACGCCGAAGAAUUGGCUACAUUGAGUUCUACCUGUUUCAAAUUGAAUUCGUUACAGGUCAGAGCUUUGUUGCAAAAAUAUCAACCGGCUGCCGACGAGCCACGACUUCCUGCCGAGCUUAUUGAAAAUGUCGUCAGAGUAGCCGAAAGUGUCGCUGAUACUCUUGCACGUGCCGACGGACGUGAAAUACGUUUGGAAGAAGAAUCAACAUUGGCGUUAGCAUUACUACUGCCAGAGGAUGGUUACAGUUGCGAGGUAAUAAGAGGUGUGCCACCGGGAUUGGUUGAAUUUCUAGCACCCUUGCAACAAGAAGGUUUCUGUCGAAUGGCACCUCAACCUACUAGUAGUGGUUACUGGACUAUAUAUAUGAUAGAUCAUCAUACAAACCUUCGUAGUCCAAGUGCAAUGAGUAAUAGAUCAGGUGGUUAUACUGGGCACGUUGGACAAAACCAAGGUCAACCAGAAAUACAUAUCAUAAAAUUACAUAAGUCGACCAAUGGUAUGGGUUUGAGUAUCGUUGCUGCCAAGGGUGCUGGUCAAGAUAGAUUAGGCAUUUACAUCAAAAGUGUUGUUGCCGGUGGUGCAGCAGACGCGGACGGAAGACUAGCUGCUGGUGAUCAAUUACUUAAAGUAGACGGACAAAGUUUAGUAGGGAUAACGCAAGAAAAAGCUGCGGAGUAUCUAGUUCGUACGGGACCAACAGUGACGUUGGAAGUUGCUAAACAAGGCGCGAUAUAUCAUGGACUUGCUACUUUAUUAUCUCAACCAUCUCCUAUAAUGACGAGGGCACAUAAGGCCAGGCCAAAGUCAGAACACAUAAAAACCCCCGCUAGACCUCCGGAAGUGUCCGUGCCACCAUCUACGUCACACUCGAUGGGCAAUCUCUUGUCCGUACCAUUGCAGGGUGCUCCUCCUCAAGAACAUUACGUUGGCUGGGACGUAGAACAAUCCACAUUACCAGGGCCUCGCCGCAUGAGCGAACGUGAUCUUUCAUCUAGACUUGGACGUGAAACGAUUCCCCAACAAAUUCAUAGCAGCAAGUCCGUCCCAGCUUUGCACAAUAUGGGUGCCGAAGGGAAACAACAACAUGAAAUAUUCAACCCGGGUUAUAGCAGAGCAUCGUCGAGUAAUAGCGUUACACCACCGGUUCAACCAUCACCGAUGCCUGCAAUGAACGGAGCUUCUUGCCUACGCUCUAGAUCGAGCCAUAACUUGCACGAUCCAACGAGAAUUGGGGCAUUACCUCCGACUGGUUUGGUUAGCAGGCAACAAUCCUCACCAAACUUAAAUCCGAAUCAACCUCAUGGAUCUUUCCAAAAUAAUUUACAAAAUAACGAGGCUGAAAGAUUCUAUCAGAACUUGAGCGUUUAUAGAAAUCAGGAUUCUACAGGGAAACAACAGCAGCCAAGUUUAUCGCAGCAACACAUGGAGGAGAGGAAUACUUUACACACGCAACGAAGCUCAAGAGGAUCGCAAAACUCUUUGAAUCGGCCGCCUGCGCAAGAAUUGAAUCAGGGAAGAGAUAGACCGAUAUCUGCUCAUAUUCCUCAAACUCAACAACAAGGUUAUUCCGGUAAUCAGAUGCAACAUCAAAACGUAGUUCCUCCUAGAUCGCAAUCCUCGCGAGAUAUAAUACGUCAGGAAGCUAAGCUUCAAGAAAUGCAGGAAGAAGUUAGAAGACGCGAAUUACGUGGUGGUGCACCGAUGAUUAAUCAGUAUAGACCAAAUACAUAUAACAUGAGACCGGCAAAUGCUAAUCAAACAGCUGGUAUUGUACCUGCUCGUGCUCUUGUUUCAAGACCAUUGGGUUCUACACCUAAUUUAGCAACAACCUCAGCAACGAGACAACAAAUGGGACCAACUUAUGGUCAUCCUGAUGUUGCUGCUGCUUAUUCUCAAUAUGGUCAAUGUAACAAACAUCCGACUGCUGGUAUAAAUCAAUACGGACUAGCGUCCAAAGGAAAGACAGAACCAUCUCGUCAUGUACCAACUAUUGAAUCUGGAAAGGAAUCUCUCGCAGUUCAAGAUUCUACUAGAUCCCAUUAUGAUCAUAAUCGUCAAUAUAUGACUUCCCAGAAUGGAUCACAUUAUACUCAUGGACCAUCUGAUCUACGAAACGAUCAGUAUUCAAAUGACAAUACUACUGUGAUUCAAGAUAACGUCGAAGGAAAUUCUUUUAGUACUACUGAAGUUCCACCAGCAAGACCUGCUCUUCCUGAAGAUGGGUAUAGGGAAAGUCCACCACCACCACCACCCAAUACGUUAACUCAUCCGUUGUAUAAUAAUCAAGCAGAUUCGAGGUAUACAGCAAGUAUGCAAGACCCACCGAGAGGUGGUUAUUAUCCAGCAAGUGGAACAGGGACGAUGCAACAACCUCGACAAUAUCAAUAUAGUGCCAGUAAUCCUUGGCAACGUGAAGAACGUGAAAAGGAACAAGCUCGUAGAAGAGAAGCAGCUAGACAAUGGCGCGAUCAACAAAUUGCGGAAUUAAGUGCUUUGCCUCACCGAACUCCUCAACAAGACGAACAGUUACGUGCUCUUCAAUUGGAACGAGAUUUCCAAAAAAGAGCAGAAGAAGCUGCCAAUCAACAGGACGACGACGACGAAUGUAAUGACAUUGAUACCGAAAGUAUACCACAGGCUCAAGGUUUAUUGAGUGUAGCUAAUUCUCAAGAAAGAACGAGCACAGCAAAUCAACAACAUACGUUGUCAAGAGCAAACGUAAAUAAUCAAUCGAUAAGAGGUACCCCACCUACGUCGCAAACUGUUAAUAGUCCACUCUCUCCGAAUGCUGCUGCAAAUUCGUGCUUAGUACAAAAUGAUAAUUCCGGUUUACUGUAUUUACAACAACAGCAACAGCAGCAACCACAACCACAACAACAGCAACCACAACAGCAUACCAAUCAAUCUCAAAAUAAUACAGUACAAUUAUCUAGCUCGUCAAAUUAUAGUUCGUCUUUGUCUCAUAUUGGAAGUAUUCAAAAAACGUAUACAACUGCAAUGUCUCAAAAUAAUGAAGAAAGAGAAACGCAACAACGUCGAAUAGAAGAAAUCAGAAGGAAAGAAUUCGAUGAGAAUCAAAGACAAAGAGAAGAAGAAAAUAGGCAUCAACAACAACAACAACAGCAGCAACAGCAACAACAGCAACAACAACAACAGCAGCAGCAGCAGCAGCAACAACAACAACAUAUUCAGCAGUUAUAUAAACAACAGCAACAACAUAUGCAACAUUAUAGGAAUCAACAAGCAUUGCAUCCAAAUAUGCUAAGAUUAGACAAUUUAGUUAUCAAUGGACCUAACACGUCGCCGUCUUUACAAAAUGGAAAUACCGAUGCACCUCCACCACCAGAACGUGGAUCUAGUUAUGCAGUGAUGUCUCAACAAAGUGCACUUAGGUCGAACAGUUCGACUUCUUCAAACAUUGCCUUAACACCUCUAACAUCUUCGACGAUUAAAAGGGUUUCUUUUCACGAUCCAAACGCAAACACUGAAACAACGCCACGCAAUGUCAUGUCUGGAAAUUUAAAUACUUCGUCCUCGAUGGGCAUGGUCACUAUUAGAGAAGACCCUAAUAAUUUUAUCAACGAUGCUGAAAAUUUAUUAGCGUCUCCAAAAUCUCCGGAAGGUCCUGGCGUUCCAUUUGUUAGCGCUACACCCGGUGUGAUCGGUGCACAAGAAGUAUACAAAGAUCCACGACAGAAACGUCUCGCUGAAAAACAAAAACAACAAAAUUUGCAAAUGGGUGCGGUACCCGAGAAGCUCAGUUUCAAAGAAAAAAUGAAGAUGUUUGCUAUGGAAACUGGAGAGGAUGGUACACCGAGGGACAAAGUGAAAAUAUCUCGAGCUCAGCGUGAAAUUGAUAACAUCGGUGGUCCUCUUAGUCCUAAUAACAAUACUACGAAAGGCUAAGUGUAAAAUAAUUUCGUCCUUUUCUUAUAACUAUUUACGGAAGUGUAUACUACAUAACUUGUAGUUAUGAUCCAACUUCGUUGCUUGAUCAUGAAUCAUCAAUUAAGAGAAGAGCCAUUCUAUAUAUCUCUUUAUAAAGCUUAUACAUAUUUAAAAUGAAAACGAGGGAACAUAGAAAAGAAAACAACAGUUUCAUCUCGACAUUUUUAGGGAUGCCUUAAUUCUAAAAAAAAAAAAGAUUAUAUUACAAUAUCGUUAUCGUAUUUUUCGUCUCUAAUAGACACACAUACACACACACACAUAUAUAUAUAAAAAUUCUUAAAUAUUCAAUGAUUUAAGAGUUUAAAAGAAAUCAAACGAUAGAAAUUAUUAUACGGAAUGAACCAAAAGUUCUUGAGUGAUCACGAAGAUCGAUUAUUCUUUUUCGAGAAUUUUUACAAUAAUCUUUUCCUUUUUUUUUCAGAUUGUAAAACUAUGAACGUAGCUUUUAAAACGACAAGUCUAAAUCGCAAAUCUAACAAAAUUUCUGCAAAGGGUAAUUAAUUUUUAAAAUCAUCUAGAAACUUUUGGUACAAUCUGUAUAUAUAAAUAUAUAUAUAUAUGAGAUAGAAGCUGAUUAUGUCGAUGAAUAUAUUUAUCGGGAUCAAGUUUUGAAUGAAAAUGAAAUAAUAUUGUCUAUGUUGAUCGUCGAUAGAAUGAUAGAAUUUGGCAGGCAUAUUUUAAAGUCUUAAAACUAUUUGUCGACGAUAAUACACUACAUUCGUUAUGCCGUCUCUUCGGUGGACCAACUUAAUUCUAAUAUUUUAUGAGGAUAUAGUAUUUAAGAUGUAGCUUUUGAAAAUAUACAGAAAGAAAACAAAAACUCAUUAAAGAGUAAUUCUUGGUCGGUGACAUUUCAAUGAACCAAUCAGAAUGUACCUCACAUGAUUGUACAUAGGCUGAACAUAGCCGUCCGUUGCUUCUAUUGUUUGAUAUUUAUAUUUAUAUACAUCUGUAUGUAUGCGUGGGUGCAUGUGUUUUGUAUGUGUGUUGCGUGUGUGGGUGUGUGCAUGAAAAAAAGCGCGAAUAUCAACUUCGUCAUAUUAUAUUUCUUCUUUCUCUCUUUUUCUUCUUCUUUUUCAUUAAACUACUGCAUAGCAAUUUUAAUGUGUGAGUACUGUACAAAAUACACAAAGAAAAGCGCGCGUACAUAGCUUUAAUAAAGCAAAUUAUAUAGGUAAUCGUAAUAAUACUCUAUAUAAGAACCGAAUAUGCUUGUACAAUAUUUAUAUAUAUAUAUAUUUAUAUAUAUAUAUAUAUAUAUAUAUAUAUAUAAAUAUAUAAAUAUAUUUAUAAGAGCCUAUAAGAUCGCAAAGAAAGCAAGCAAAACGAAAUAAGUGUUAUGAAAUUGUUCAUGCGUUCGACGAAGGGUCGUUCACCUCUAAGUUGUAGGUGAUGGCAAACAAAAUACGCAUCUAUGGUUUUGUAAUAUAUUGUGCAAGAGAGUUACGGAACAACACUAAAAUAUCUGAAUACUAAUCAGUAGAAAUGUGAAUCAUAUUGUCUAAAAUGUAGAAAUUUAUAAAGAAAAAAAAAACAAAUUACAAGUAACUCUUAUAUAUAUAUACACACACACAUACACACAUUUGUGUACAGGCAUCAAAAGUUCUUUAAACGUUUUGAAGAAAUCGUAUAGCUUAGUAUUGUAGAGAAUUAAUAAAGAUUACAAUAAGAUAAUCUUUAUAACGUGAGAAGACAGUGUAAAGUUGUUCAACAUGUCUGUGAACAUUCAUGAAAUCUAUUGAAGUUUAUUUUGUUAUAUUAUAAAUUGAUCAUUGUUUUAUUAAUCUUGUUUAUAUAUUUAUUAUAUAUAAACGAAUGUUUAUUUCAUUAUAGUACAGAUUUAUGUAUUGAAAGAAAUGUAAAAAAUAACUUUAGUUAUAUUACAUAAAAAUAACGUAAAAUAUUUACGUUUCAUUUAGAAUGUCCACAGACUUCGAGAGAUUCGAUCACUGUACCGAAAUAUAAGGAUCGUGGAAGAGUCACAUUUUAAUAAGAGUUUCCUGCAAACUUUAGUUUGAUAAAUCUUACAAAACAAAACACAUAGCAAUAUUAGUAGUUAAAAGAAAAAAAGAAAAAAAGAAAAAAAAAAGAAAAAAAAAAAGAACGCGUUAAUGACUGUUAAUCUGGCAAGUAACGACCGGUCGAGUCGAAUAUACAUACUUGCUGGUAUAUAAUAUUCCUUGUAUUUAAACAAUUAUUUCUCAAAAUAUAAAUUUCAUGUAUUACGUACGACGUCAUAUCUCUGUACGUAUAUGCUAUGUAUUCUUGUACCUUUGGAAUCUUUAAAAAGGACAUACAAAAUCAUCUCUUGUUCUCUUGUUCUGAUAUAUAAAAAAUAUCUUAUAUAUUAUUAAUAAUAACAUUAUAAAAACGUUCCUAUGAAAUAUAUAUAUUUCGGGACAGAACAGAAGAAGGUACUUAUAUAAGUGUAUAUUGAAGAAAAGAUAUGACUCUAUGAAAAUAUUCUUUGAACAAGACUUUAAAGGAAUUAUUCAACGAAAUAGUUCGGCCAAUUUAAUCGAUUACAACGAUCGUGUUAGUGUUUUGAAAAUAAUUGUUGUACGCAAUUAAUGCGAAAUAUCGUUUGCAGUUUUCACCGAGAUAGAUACGACUCUUCCGGCGUUUAUUUAAGUUUGCAAAAAGUAUUUUUUUAUGUUUAUUAUUAUUAUUAUUAUUAUUAUUAUUAUUAUUAUUAUUAUUAUUAUUAUUAUUAUUAUUAUUUUCUUUUUAGUACAUUUUAGAUUUUUAAAAACUGACCGUGAUAUGUCGUGCAGCUCAUUAAGAAAUUUUGUUAAGAAGGCAAUCGAACCAAUGUAAUUCUAUGCGUUUAGAUUGUUCGGUUGUAACUUCAAGAAAAAAUACUUGAAUGUGUUUGUUUAGGAUCUAGGUUUCGGCCCGUAUUCCGAGCGUUAGUGUAAAGAUUUAUGAAAUGAAAUAUUUUUUGAAAAUAAACAAAUGCUCUAACACCGAGCAAUCUGUUAGCACGCUUCGAAUACGGACCUUCAGCUCUUUAUACAGCCAUAUAUCGUUAAGAUAGUGAUAUAUGUUCGUUCUCGAUCCUGUAUUGCCCAUGUGUCUUUAAAUAAUAUACAAGUACGUGAUUAGUAGAAUGAUUUUUACCUAUAUAGAUAAUUCACAUACAUUCGGUUAACUUUAGGUCAAUGAAAAAAAGGACUAUGUAAUUUAGUUUAACACAGCAGUUAAGUUGAUGUAACGAUUAUCACUAUUCAUUUUCAAUUCUGAGUUUUCUUUAUAUUCGACUUUUUAUUCCGAAUAAUUCUAUUAAUAAUGGGCAAUGUUUUUUGACAAGUGUUUUAGGCUGGACAUCUUGUUAUUAUUUACAUAGGAUUUGCAAAAGUGAAAUUUCACAAGACACUAAAAAAAAAAAUAACAAAAAAUAUAUUCAAGUUGUGCAACUAUUUAACGAAUAAAAGAAACAAAUUCCCUCCUUUGCGUGCGUAAGAUAUACAUGCACGUAUAAAUAGUAUUUGCACUUUGUAUUUUGUAAUAACAUUUUAUUCAAUUACAGUGGAGUCGUAGCGUUUGGUCUAAUUAUAUAUCGAGUUACGGUCACACACAACGAUCAUAAACGUUUAACUAGCAUUAUUACAUUUUACCUACAUUACUGAUUGCACCUUUAGAAAACGGACUAUAUUUUUUAAUUACUGUAUUAUGUCAAUAUAUUACAGAGAUGAUAUACUAUCAUUGACGAAGAAAUAAACGUCAUAUCAGCAGGCAAUAUGUUCCAUGUA